AUGCUGAAGUGUUAUGUCAUGUCGAGCAACCAGAGUGGCGACGUCUCGCAGUCACAGAGGCAUCCCAAUGAAGAUGCUUCACCAGGGUAUCGAAGUAUUUUCGCGGUAGACGGCUCAAAUAGUUCAGUUCCUCGUUGGCUUCCACUCUCAUUACUGGCAUUGACCACGGCGGCGCUGGCUGUGCCUGCCGUUAUGCUUUGGUGCCAGCGAGGUGUCGCGCUUUCCAGGACACUGACAGACCCACCUCCACCACCACCGCGGCGGACAGUAUCAGCAGGCACUAUCCUUUCUCGCAGGACAGCAUCAGGAGGUGCUCCUCCACCACGUCGAACGGUCGCUCUACCUCCCAUAGUGCCCCAGCGAGCCUUUCCAUCGUCAUCGCAAUCGUCUACCAUGCAGGCCGGCGGACCGACUUUGAUUCCGGAUGCAGAGGAUAAUUUCAAUGGCGCGCUAUACACCAUGAAAGCGUUUGGCAUCGCUACGCUACUCGUUACCGUCGGAGCCGGGACGGCGGUUUGGGGCAUAAAGACCGCACUGGGCGUACGCGACACCCAGGAAUUCGCGGAUCGCGUGCGGAUGUUCAUCGUGAAACGCAUGCCUGUGUUAUCUUACCGGAUAUACCGACCGCUAGGCCUCGAGGACGAGGAGCUUGACGCAAAGUCGGUAUCUACCUUGUCUCAACCACAUCCUGAUGAUGUGCUUCAGUGGUCUUGGCCGGACGCAGAGAAACGGCUGAAGGCUGCGUUUGAGAGAGAUGGUUUUAUGGGUUGGGCGGAAGCCGCAGUGACAGAGCUGGAAGCCGAAGGACAGGUAGAGCGUGUCCGCAGGGGCCAUAUAUCCUGA